CCGUGAUCGUCCAUGAUUCACAUUCACGAUUGCGGCUUCCUGUAAAGGUGUGCAAGACGGGUGCCUGGACGCAGCAAAGAUACCACAGAACUCAAGCGACAUCGCUAAUCGGCAUUCCAGGUAUUCUAGCUUCUCGCCUUAAACGCCUGCAGCCAUGUCCCGCGCGCGGAAGGAGAGCACACCGGGGUUUGCUGGGCGGCCCAAGCUUCGUACAAAGUUUUACGCCAGCAUUGCAUCUCUAGCAGCCGGUGAGCAGCCUUGGGAGAUUCGCAGCGAAGGUACAGGAUCGCUAGGCUCGUCACGCCGAGCAUCAUCAGCCAGCGACUUGGCUUCAUCAUCUGGCAAAGCCUCUGGCAAGGCACCCUCUGGCCCUCGACAGAGAUACUUUUUGGAUCUCCUUUGUUUGCCCGUCGAACAAGCUACGCUUAGCGAGCUGUUGAAUCCGAUCAGUGCGAGAGCCCUUCUGUCUUCAACCGGGACUGAUGCCGUUGUGCGAGACAAUAUUGGCAGCUUGUGGAGAGAGGCUAGUAGGGUGUGGAGAGAGGGAGAUGCGACGAGGAGCAGCAACGCAGUCGAGAUGCUGCACGGUAUCUCUGGUGCGAUCCUCUCCAAACGCUUUUCAAAUUAUGCGUUCGACGUCAUCCACGUCCUCGCUGGAGGAAUGGACGAAGCCGACAACGAAUUUGGUCUGUUAGUCAACGCCAUCGACGAUGCUCUCCAAGAGCCAGGCAAGCGCAAACGUCAAGUGCGUCCGGAUGCCUUAUCCAGCGCGCAGGUCGAUGCGCAGCAACAGCGAAGAGUUCUGCAGCUUGCCAUCCUCUGGCUGUCACACGUCGGCUCCACAUCGUUAGCAGCGUAUUUCGCGGGGAAGCGUGACCUGUACGCUUCUUGUUCCUCCUAUCUCAGCCGAAACACUUCUCUUGGUGAUGUCUACGACGCUGCCAUCCUCUUGGGUCUUUUAGCCUCACUCGGACUCUCCUCAGGAGGCAGUGGUUUGAGCGGAGGAAGCGGCUCAGGAGCACAUGCAUAUGCACGUAGGAUGAGAGAUUGGGUGGACGAGGAGUGUAUGAUCGCCAUCAGAAAUGCUGCUGCUGCUUGUGCUGGCGAUGCAGUUGCAGCUUACGUGGAGCAACUGGACGACUCGGCACCAUCCUUUGCGAGCAGUAUGGUCGGCGUUGCAAGCUUGAAGUGGCUUGUGCCCGUCACAUCCGGUCCCACUGGCGAGAAGGGUAGAACAAAGGAGGGCGACUUUGGCCAUUUACCGCCGGCGCCUAUCGCGAUACUACUGCCCGUGCUACUUUUGGCGCGCUCGAAUCCGCUCUUUGUUGACGUCUUGUUGCGCGACAAUGCGCAACCAAACACAACAGAAGCUGAUAGCAGCGACGGCGCCGCAAAGCUUGGUAAUCCUCAAUUGUCGUUUUCUUUACUCUCGCUCUCCACCUAUCUAGCUUCUCACAGCGCUUCCUCCAAGAGGGGACGAGCGUAUGCGCACGUGGGCCUUUUGCUUCUGAUCGCUUUCGCGGCUGAUCAAGCUUCGGGCACGGUCGCAUUGCUGCAAGAGCGAGAUGCGAGCCUCAUAGCCAAUAGGAUUCGAGUUUGUCGGCAGAAGCCGCCUCCUUUGCCAAUGCCAGUGGUCCCAAGAGACAGGUUGAUCCAGCCGACUUUAGACGCUGCUGUGCUCUUUCUGAGACACAACCUGAGCAGGAAAUUAGAUACUACAGGACACUUACUUGCGCUGAGACUGCUACGCGCGAGCAUUGCUUUGCUGGCUGGUCGCCGCGCUCGCAUACAUUACCAUUGGACAGAAGCUUGGCGGGCAAUGCUGGGAUUGGCAAGCUUUACUCAGGGCAGAUACGCAGAAUUGAGAAGCGGAGAUUGUAAAGAGAUUGGAAAGAGUGUCAUUGCGACUUUGGCAUUGGCGUUGCUGCGCUCUGACGAGUACUUGCCCUCUCCAAAAGAAGUGCAGCAGCUUCUGUACGAAGUCGUGCGGUCUAGUCUCGCCAUUAGGAAACUUGUGGCUCUGAUAGAUGGUGGGGCUUCAGUUGCCGCUUUGAGCCCUCAGAGUUCGCCAAUCACGUCGCCUUCGUCUCAUAGCAACGGUGUGGAUAAUGCGGGCUACUUUGACACGUCCGCGUUGGGCUCGAACGUGGUCGUGCCGCACGAUCCUAGGCUCCAUGCUCGCGUUCCAGGGUGGAAGAUUGUAGAGCGCGUGCUUCUGGCCGUCGAAGCGCGCGUGGAAGAAUGGGGACAAUCUAAGAUGCGAGGAGGGGCAACAUCGACGGGACUCGCAAGCUUGAGAGGUCUGGGAGCAGCGAUCGGUCUCGCUUCUCCCUCGAAGAACUUAGGCGGAGAGACCGGCACUAGCAGCGCAAAUAGCACGCCUAUCGCAACAACACCCAAAACGAGCCCUUCCGGAGGUACCGCUCCAGCGCCGGACAUCAAGACGAUCUUUAGCCUUCUGGGCAGUAUAGAUUUGGAGGCUCUGCUCGUGGGAUCCAGCGCAAAUCAAUCUGCUCAGCACCGCAGAGAUGAGGAUCUAGCAGGAUCGGACGAGUGGCUCGACAGUGUGGAGACUCAGGUACACGUCGAGGUCCUAAGAGAAGCAGUCAAUGAGGAUGUCAGAUUUCUCAUCACGCCCAAGUAGACAGAGGGGCCAUUGAGCGCUGAGAAGUGAAGAGUAUAUACCUCCAGCAAAAGCCAAUGUCAACUGUUAGCCCCGAUUGUCACGCAUACACCAAAGAGGCUUCGCGCGUCUUGCUUGGCCUUGGUCAGUCACCAUUCGUGAUUGUUCCAUGCGAGAAGGACUUGUGACUGGUGCCCAAGCAGAUCACUCAGGCACCAGCAGAUCCACGUCCUGUUUGGCUCUCGAGCGCGCGGACCGAGCAAGCCCGGACACUCGGCACUUUCAGAGCGCGAAUCUUGGGGAUGGCUUGACGCGUGACUUUCGAGCCUAUCCCCGCGGUUGCUGCAGGUGAGAGAAGGUGAUGUGU